AUCAUUCAACUUCAGCGAUAAAGCGAGCACACAAAAUAAUGCUGGACUCAACAUUUUUUUAUUAAAAUUUAUUAACUGUGUGCACUUGAAAUCGGUUGGAUUUGUUUGGGAAUUAUUGAAAUUUUAUUUUAUUGCAACUGUCAAUAAUGUAUUCAGUUAAAUUAUAUUAUAGCGACAGAUUGUAAUGUGACCGAGUUGCACAGUGGCAGUGCCUCUUAAUAAUAAAAUAACAAAAGAAAAUAAUAUAAAAUUUAAUAAUUGCUAUUUGCGGUGUACCUAAUUGCGUUCUACUAUCUUUCCUCAAUUGCAAAUUAUUUUUUUUUUUUAGUAAUUUUGUGUUGUUAACUUGGGUAAUUAUUAUUUUAAUUUUUCACAAUGGGUUGCUGUGAAAGUAUUGAAUCGGAUAGAGAAGAAUACUAUCCAAGACAAAUAAUAAGCCAAGAAAGAAUAAUUCAACCAUCACGACAUAUAUUUCAGCCAUCACAACAAUUAUUACAACCACAAAGCACAAGACAAAUACAAACUCAACAACCAACUAGACCAAGUCGAAGAAAUAGGCGUAAAUCACCGCCCAAACGUAAUAAAAGUCGAGGGAAAACACCAAACAGAAGAGAUGCACCACAAACCCCAAAACGAGAACAACCUUUAGCAAAAGUCACACAAGAAUGGAACGUCCACGAGCGACUUGCCGAAGAAGAACACAUUGACACCUUAUCCGCUAGGAAUAUAGUCACGCUUUUUGAAGGUGAAAAUACAAUUCCAUUCAUUUGUCGCUAUCGUCAGGAUAUGAUCAAAAGCAAUAUAACUCCUAAUAAGUUGCGUGCCAUUAAAACUUCUUAUACAAAAAUUAUCGACUUGAGAAAGAGAGCUGAAGCUAUUAUCAGGGAAUUAGAGAAAGUCAUAGAAGUCGAUGAUGAAAUUCGAACUCAGAUAUUGGGAGCUAAAACCUUUAAGGAUGUGGAAUAUUUGAACUCCGUUUAUAGACCAUCUCAAAUAAAUACAAGGUCUUUAGGCAUUGAUACUUAUGCUUAUCGCCUACUCUUAGGUCAGAAUCCUGAAGUUCAAACAAUUGAAAUUGUUAACAACAGAAAUCCCGAUCUCGACACAAUAGCUAAGGUCAAAAUCGGAUUGAGUCUUAUUGUUUCCGAACUUUUUAGCAAACAUCGAGGUAUUCUUGAUGAAUUGCGUCAAUUGCAAAAAGUCCACAACAUCGUCCUCAAAUGUAAUGAAGCCAAAUUGGACAACCCAGAGGCACGAAAAGAAACCGAUUGUUUAAAACAGUCGAAAUUCGAAACUUAUUUCAAAUUCGAACAUGAUAUUCGAAAUGUAAGACCACAUCAGAUAUUAGCCAUUAAUCGUGGUGAAAAAAUGCAGUUCCUUGAAGUCCAUGUCAUCUUGCCGGAUAGCUUUAAAAAUGCCAUUAGGAGUUAUAUUUAUGCACAAUUUAUGAUAAGUGGAAUUAAGUAUCCACUGAGGAAUGAAAUUUUCGAUAUGGCUUUCGAAAAAUGUUACAACGAAAAACUUGUUCAAUUUGUUAGUAAACAAGUUCGAGCUGAUUUAACUGAAAUUGGUAAAAAUGAUGCCAUGGAAUGUUUUGCAAAGAAUUUGAAGCAAUUACUUUUGAAGCCACCACUUAAAGGUGAACGUAUUUUGGGUAUUGAUCCUGGUUUUACAAAUGGCUGUAAGUUGGCAGUUAUUUCAGAAACUUCAGAUGUAUUAGAUGUUGGUGUGUUGUAUCCACAUAAUGAAAAAAAUCCAGAUGUUCAGGAUCAAUGGGGUAUAAAGUUAUCGAAUCUUCUUGCUAAACAUGGCUGCAAAACGAUUGCCUUAGGUGAUGGAGCCGGUUGCCGAGAAACCGAACUUUGGCUUAUCCAACUUUUUGAUAAAGGAAUUUUGGACCGCAAAAACAUUUGGUAUGAUAUUGUCUCCGAACAAGGUACAUCAGUUUAUUCAUGCAGUGAUAUUGCGAAGACAGAAUUCCCAAAACUUGAUGCAAAACUUAUUAGUGCAGUUUCCAUCGCACGUCGAUUGAUUGAUCCUUUAAGUGAAUAUGUAAAAGUUGAACCUCGCCAUCUUGGUGUUGGUAUGUAUCAAAUGGAUAUGAACGAAAAGCUAUUGUCGAAAUCUCUUAACGAAGUCGUAUCGGAAUGUGUAAGCUUUGUGGGCGUUGAUAUUAAUACAGCAAGUUUAAGUGUGCUCAAAUACAUCGCAGGUCUCAAUCAUCAAAAAGCCGAAAAUAUUAUUAACUAUCGACAAAAUAAUGGACCUUUCCGUACAAGAAAGGAGCUACUUCGAGUCAAGACGAUCGGGAAACCUACAUUUAUACAAUGCGCUGGAUUUAUUCGUAUUGAACCCAAGAGUGUUGGUGGGAAACUAGAAAAUGUACUCGAUUGCACCUGGGUACAUCCAGAAAGCUAUACCGUCGCAAUUAGCUUAAUAAGACAAUGUAACUUAGAACCAAACGAUAUUGGGAAUCCUGGUUUUAUCUCAGAAAUAAAAUCAUUUGUGCAUUCCAAUCGAAUCGACGUCCUUGCUCAACAAUUCGAUAUACCUGCUGAGCGAUUGCAAAUAGUUUUGAAUGCCCUUCAAAGGCAGCUACUUCAAGACUACAGGCCUGAUUUUGAAAGAAAAAUGUUUAUAAAGGAUAUAACAAAACUUGAUGAUUUAUUCAUAGGACAAAUUGUUACAGGUGAAGUAAGGAAUAUAGUAUCUUAUGGAGCAUUUGUCAAUAUUGGACUUGGUAAUGAUGCGCUUAUUCAUAGAACUAAAAUGAAUGGUAUGAAACUAAAUUUAGGUGAUAGAGUUUCUGCUUCAGUUAUUGAUCUCGAUAUUGCCAAAAAACGUGUAUCGUUAAGGCUAGAUGAAGUGAUUUAAUUUUUUUGUAUAACUUUAUUCAAUGUAUUAUUUUAAUGUAAAAUAAUUUAAAAAUCAAUGUUUUUUUUUUUAUGUACACCUUUAUGUAUUUUUUUG